UGCCUCCGAAGGCUGCGCGAGCACACCGAGUCGACGGAGACAGGUUCAAACACGACGCAUCCCGGAGCUGUUUAAAAGUAUAAACCCACCGUAAAUGGGUUUAUUACCACCUCUGCCGUUACUUUCGUCGUGCCCGUUUCCCUCGACCGGUGGUGGUGGAUGGAUUGUUUUAUUCACGUCUCCUCCAGAAGUCUUCCAACGCCCAGUCAGCAGCAGCCAUAGCUCGGUCAUUGCCGCUGGAGAGUACUGUAACCUGCCCCUGCAAUGGCAGUCUUCAGUCCCCAGGUGCUCCUUGCAGUUACAAGAUCAAGGGGCUCAUAUUUAUUAUCCAAGAGGAACAGCUGUUCUUCUCUGUCAUCCAAAGCCUAUCUUCACAUAGACCCUCCACACCAAUGCGUCCCCUUGGUGAUCCCCCCCAGGUACUCCCGCUAUGGCUCUCCCCACUGUUACCGUGGAACUCACGCCUUCAGCCACGCCCACGGACACAGGUCGACCCUGCUCGCACGCUCCCUGCACAGCUCAGGCAUCUGGCUACAGGACAUAAAGCAGGAGGACACUAAGGCCUCUGCGGCUGCUGCUCAGGAUACUUCUUCUACAGGAAAGAAGGACUCAGGGGCUAGUGCUGGAGCCCAGACCCAGGCUGCAGCCUCCACUACCACAGCAGCCGCCAUCCCUCCAGUGCAGGACAGGGCAAUUGUCAAAAAGUCUCUGUAUGUCAGGAUUGUGGAUGAGUUGAAGCAUUAUUACAAUGGCUUCCGGUUACUUGGUAUCGAUAUCAAUAUCGCAGGCAGGAUGGUGUGGAGACUUCUGCAUGGACAACUACUCACCCGCAGGGAGAGGAGAAGGCUGAUGAGGACUUGUGCUGAUCUGUUCCGUCUGGUGCCCUUCAUGGUGUUCAUCAUUGUUCCCUUCAUGGAGUUCCUUCUUCCUGUCUUCCUCAAACUCUUCCCAGAGAUGUUGCCCUCCACCUUUGAGACCGAGUCCAAAAAGGAGGAGAAACAGAAGAAAGGUCUUGCUGCUAAGCUUGAACUGGCCAAGUUUCUCCAGGAGACCAUUGCUGAGAUGGCUCGCAGGAACAAGGCUAAGGCUCAGACAGAGGACGAAACGCAGCGCUUCUCCACAUACGUUCAGAAGGUCCGGGGCACAGGUGAACAGCCCACCACUAAGGAUAUCGUCAAGUUUUCAAAGCUGUUUGAGGACGAGCUGACGCUGGAGCAUCUGGAGCGCCCCCAGCUGGUGGCUCUAUGUAAACUGCUGGAGCUGCAGCCAAUCGGCACCAACAACUUACUGCGUUUUCAGCUGAUGAUGCAACUCAGGACCAUCAAAGCAGAUGAUGAGAUGAUUGCAGCAGAGGGUGUGCCAGCCAUGAGUGUGUCAGAACUCCAGGCAGCAUGUCGUAGUCGGGGGAUGAGGUCUUUGGGUCUCACCACUGAUCAGCUACGUCAGCAGAUGCAGCAGUGGUUGGACCUCCACCUAAAAGAGAAUGUGCCCCCUUCACUGCUGCUGCUGUCCAGAGCCAUGUACCUGACUGACCUCAAACCCAAAGCCCCCAUCAUCCCACCUGUUCCCAAACUUGAGAAAGUUGCUCCUCCUCCUCCACCUCCUCCUACCCCAUUGGAGAAUACAGGAGCUAACACAAAAUCAGUGAGUGCUGACAUGUUGGCAGACCCUGCUCUCAUCAUUAAGGACAGACCGGUGGAGGAGUUGAGGGACAAGGCUCCUGUGGUGUCAGACAAACCUCUCACUCCUGCUGAAGUCCUUCAGGCCAAGGCAGCGACCGAGGUGGCCCAGAAGAGCAAGAUGAGUGCCAACGGUGUUUAAAGAGGACCAGGCAUCUGUGAACACAAAGGGAGAGGGACGGGACGGGACUGGAACCAGUGUGGAUCCAUGGAACCAGUGAUCAGACAGAGCCUCAUCUGCCUUUCAUCCACCCCAUAAUAGUUUUAAAGCAUCUCCAUAAAAGCCGCCUUCACACUCAGGGGUGGUACUGGAUCUCACGGCUUCUACUUGUCUGCGUUCAUCUAGAGGGGGCGUGUCCUCUCUGUUAACACCCACUCUCUAAGUUUGCACUCCGAUAGAGCUAGUCUGAAAGUUCCCUCUGGUGUUCAUGUUUGGGUGGAUCUUGUAUCCAGAACACAACAGCUGAUGGUCCCGUCACAGAUGCAGGUCUGUCGUCUACGUCAGCGUCUCCCUUCGGUCCAAAUGGCCUCCUCUUCCUCCCUCCUCCUCCUGUACAUUUGUAAAUAUCCUGUAUAUUUUCAUCUCUCUUACAUCGCAGCAGCAGCAGCUCUGUACAGUUUGCUAUGCAAAAGUCAAAGUCUCUUGAAAUUUUUUCAAGUUUUCUCUCUCUCUCUUAGUUUUAUUUACUUUUAUUUGUUUACCUUUAAACGUCGGUUCAGGAAAGAAGGCAUUGGAUUUUUUUUCCCGGAAAUAUAAUAUAUAACUGAACAUUUUGGUUCAGUAGCACUUACCUCCAACAUGUUCCCUGGACAUUUUAUCCAGCAGGAGAUUCAGGAAAACAUGAUUUGUCAGCUGGAGGACUGUGGUUAUUACAGGUUCAUUUAGGUGCUUGCUGCUUAAUUAGAAAAUGAAGACUGGUAUAUUGUAAAGAGCGCUCACUCCUGUAAACCUAGGGGUGACUGUGGUCAAGUGUCAUCUCCUCUACUGCAACCAUUUGACAGGACGAUCUGUCAAAACGUGCCGAUUUUAUUCAAAUAUACAGUGUAUGUAUUAUGUUCUAACACUGUGAUGCUAAUAUUUCUUAAACUGAGAAGAGGAAAUACUUGAUGUUGUCCAUAAAAGAUAUAUUAUCAGUAGUUUGAAGAUGCAAAAAAUGAGAUUAACAUGUUAUUUUAGCUAUCGUGGCUCUAAAUGAGGCUCAAAGUACAUCCUUAUAACAGACUCACACCCAAAUAUAGGCCCCUGAAAGUUGUUUAUGGGAAGUUUACCACAAAAAUAUGUACUGUGUAAAUGCAGAUUUCUGUGUGGUUGACAGUGCUUAAGGCUUUCUAACCUGUGCGUACACACACACAUACACACACAUACAUAUUCUGAUUUUAGAUUAAAGCUUUGGUCUGUUUUUUCCUCUGCUAUUUAUCCAUAGGCACCACCAGAUGUGGGUGCUGUAAAUGAAAGGAUGUUUUUUUAAAAGAACACAUUGGCUAAUGAAGGUGUGUCGGUUUUACAUAUGUGCCUAAGGUUAAAUAGGGCGACAGGGUUCAUUUUUGUUGUUCUUUGGUUUAAACUUUCUCCUCAGUCUGUUUACUAAAGCGCCCUGAAUGUCACCUUUUGCCCCCUUUCCUUUCCAAAUUGUCCUUCCAGUCGUCAUCAUUGAUACUGAUGACAAGUCUUUUUCCAGUCUGUAGUCGUGGUGAGGAAGUGAUUGAGAAAGAUAAAAUAAAAACAAUCAGAAAAGUUGUUUUAUCGAUUCUGCUUAAUGCUCUGCUGUCCUAGGUGAAGAAACAAGUCCAAACUCUACUUGAUGUUUUUAAUAGAAGUGAUCUGUUUGAAGCAGCAUUGGAGUUCUUAGUGACACCUUUUACUAAUGUGCCAAAAAAAGAUGUCAUCCUCAUAUUUGCUGCAAAGAUUCCUCCCCCUUUCAUUACUUUGUCCACACAUAUUCCAUCUGUUCCUAAACCUUCAUGUCACUUCUCAGUUUGCUUUUUGGCUUUGUGCUCUAGUUAACUGUUCACUAUGCUGCGCUAGACACUGUUACUCCUGGUGACAUCACAGGUCAUGUGAUGCUUCAUUUUCCCUAUUGCUCGUCCUCUGUUUGCAGUCCUGUUUUGUUUCAGUUUAAACUCGGUCUACUGUCCACUUACAUUUACCAUGCAAUAAAUGUCACUUUACUGGGGCCAGUGAGUGUUUCAGGUGAUAAAAGACUAGAAAUCACAAUUAAAGUCAUGGAACCCUUAA